AUGGCCGGAGGUUUACUACAAGCACUUUUCCUCUCCUUCUUCGACUACAAGACGGAAAAAUACAUCGUCGCCAAUAAUAAGAAAGUUGGAGUUUUGUACAGACUUAUUCAGUUAUCGAUCAUCGGAUACAUCAUUGGGUGGGUAUUUGUAAGCAAGAAAGGCUACCAGGAAACAGACGAGGCCGUACAGAGCUCCAUCAUAACUAAACUGAAGGGAGUGUCAGUGACAAACACCUCCGAGUCUGGGCGGCUGGUUUGGGGACCGGAGGACUAUGUCAUCCCACCGCAGGGGGAAGCUGUGCUGUUCAUUGUUACCAAUUUCUUAGAGACACCGAACCAGAAGCUGGGACACUGUGCAGAGAGUUCAAAAGUGCUGGAUGGCCACUGUCGAGAUGACAAGGACUGUGAAGAGGGAAAGAUGGUAGUGGCUGGUAAUGGGAUUAUGAGUGGCCGGUGCCUAAUAGAAGAUGUGAACUCCACUGGAACCUGUGAAAUCUAUGGCUGGUGUCCCAUCGAAAGAAAAUUCAAACCACAAGGGCCUCUGCUGACAAACGCAGAAAACUUCACCAUCUACAUCAAGAAUUUCAUCCAAUUUCCGAAAUUCAAAUUUUCAAAGUCCAAUGUCCUUGAAACAACUGAUGACUCCUAUUUGAAGAAAUGCCAAUAUGACGAGGAGCUCCACCCGUACUGCCCCAUCUUCCGUUUGGGAGACAUCACCCAGCGAGCCGGAUACGCGUUCAACGACAUGGCAACAUAUGGCGGCUCUAUUGGCAUUAUGAUACAUUGGGACUGUGACCUUGACAAAGGUUACUCUCACUGCCACCCACAAUACUUAUUCACUCGUCUGGACAUCAGCAUCUCAAACCAGACCAUCGCAGCAGGAUUUAACUUCAGGCACACUCGGUAUUUUGAAAAUGCAGCUGGGGAGGGUUUUCGCUCUCUAUUCAAAGUCUAUGGUGUCAGAUUUAACAUCAUGGUGCAUGGGAAGGCCGGGAAGUUCAGCAUCAUCCCAACAGCAAUCAAUGUUGCAUCAGGUCUGGCUUUAAUGGGUGCUGGAGCUUUCUUCUGUGACAUGGUCCUUCUCUACUUAAUGAAGAAAGGUGAUUCUUACCGAGAAAGGAAGUUUGAAGGAUUCAGGUAUGAUAACAAUACAGGAAUGUAA